UUUCAAUCCUACCAUCAUCAUCAUCAUCAUCAACCUCAUCACGACGACGACACAGUGCUGCCUUGAUAACGCCACGUCGCAACGCUCUGCUCUGCCCUGCAUCCCGGUGCCGCGCAACAGGCCAAGCAUCAACAACAACAACGACGACCUCAUCAUCAUCAUCAGCAUACGAACGUAGCAACAGCAGCGGGCUUGGUCACUACGGCCGGCGCAUACAUUUGCACCUCACCCACCCAACCCACGAUCCCCUCGCUUUCGCCCCCUCGUCAUCGUCAUCAUCAUGUCCGAUAUGGUCCUAUCCCCCUCUCCCUCCCCACCACCCCCUGGCCACGGUCACGGCGGCGCAGCAGACGGUCGUUCCUCCUCUUCUGCCUCACGCGCAAUGACGGCAACAGGGUCAGAUGACCUCGAGGCCUCUUCAGCGGACAACCCUCCUCCUUCUCCUUCGAGCACCUCACAGUCUGAAGAGGAGGAUCGAGAAGAAGACUUUGCCACUUCGACGGGCAAUUUCCGCCGCAAUACCAUUCAGGCAGCAGCUGCCCCCUCUUCAUCGAGCAAGGUGGCCGCCAGUGAGCCACAACAGGGUUACAAUGAGGAUCCAGCUUCUCCUGCCAACCUCCCUCACGAGAUAUUGGUUCACAUCUUCAAGUUCAUCCUAACCAGGACGACGGGACAUGCGCAUUUGCGCAACUGUAUCAUGGUCUGUCGCUCUUGGAGCUUGUGUGGAGUCGAGCUCCUCUGGCAUCGUCCUGCCUUUUUGCACCUCAGCUCCCUCUUCAAGCUCAUCAACGUGGUAAGACGCUCCGACCUCACAUUCCCCUACGUCAUCUUUAUCCGGCGAUUGAACUUCACGGGCAUAGCGAGCGAGCUCACAGACACCUUGUUCAUGUACAUGGCCGACUGCUCGCGUCUGGAACGCCUGGCAAUUCAGGACUGCUCCAAUUUGAGCGACGCAGCCAUCGGGUACGUGUUGGGACACCUCAAGAACCUCGUCUCUGUAGACCUCUCCAACCUGCCAAACGUAACCGACGAGACAUUGCAAGCCAUCGCGUCGAACUGCAAGCGACUUCAGGGGGUCAACCUGACCAACUGCAAGCUCAUCACCUCCAAGGGAGUAGCAGCUCUAGGCUCCUCCUGCCCUCUACUGCGUCGCGUAAAGCUCUGUGGAUGUGAGAGGGUGGCAGAUGCAGGACUAUACCCGAUGAUCCUCAACUGUCCCAUGCUCCUGGAGAUCGACGUAUUCCAAUGCUCGGCCAUCUCGGACGAAUCGGUGCGACAGAUCUGGCUCAGCAGCAGCCAUGUGCGCGAGCUGCGAUUAGCUCAGUGUGGGCCUCUCACGGACAUGGCCUUCCCUGCGCCGGCGAGGCAAUUGACCAACGUGAGGGCUGCCUUGGAUCUCGACCAGGAGGAGGAGAGAAGAGGACAUGCGACUGCAGCGGCUCAGCUGGGGAUUCAUGGGAGCGAGUCCGCGCCUACUAGUAGGGGGGCGAGCCCCGCUGCUGGGGUUGGCAGUGGUAGUGGCAGCUUGGCUAGGGCGUCGCUCACUUCGAGUGCGGCGAGGCUGGCAGCUGGGGGGAUGGCUUCCUCGCUGCUCGGACCGCUCAGACCGCCCAAGGCUUUUGAGCAUUUGCGCGUGCUGGACCUCACGAACUGCAGCACCAUAUCCGACGACGCCAUCGAGGGCAUCAUUUCAUGCGCCCCGCGUAUCCGCAACCUUGUCCUCUCCAAAUGCACACGCCUCACCGACGAAUCCGUCUACUCCAUCUCUCGGCUGCGCAAGAAUCUCCAAUACCUCCACCUCGGGCACGUCUCCAACGUCACCGAUCGCUCCAUUAAGCAUCUAGUCAACCACUGCACGCGUCUCCGCUACUUCGACCUCGCCUGCUGCUCCCAACUAACCGACGCAGCCGUAGAGGAACUGGCCGCCCGCCUCCCCAAGCUGAAGCGCAUCGGCCUCGUCCGCGUGACGCAGAUAACCGACCGGGCAAUCUACGCGCUCGUGGAUCGCUACCUCACGCUGCAACGCAUCCACCUAUCGUACUGCGUCAACAUCUCCAUCGUAUCCGUCUUCUACCUCCUGGAGCGCCUACCUAAGGUGACCCACAUCUCCCUCACCGGCGUCGACUCGUUCCGUCGCCCCGACUUGCAGGGGAUGUGUCGCGCCCCACCAGAGGAGUUUAGUGCGCCGCAGCGCGAGAACUUCUGUGUGUAUAGCGGGCAUGGGGUUGUGGAGCUGCAGCGCUUUUUGAGGAGGGUCUUCGAGAGUGAGGAGAGGGCGAGGGGUUUCUUGCGUGGGCCGGCACCUCCAUCAGCAUCGCCAAGAGGUGGAGCUGCUGGCGGCGGCGGCGGCGGCGUAGGGGAUGAUACGGGCGCUACUCCAGGGCAGGGUGGGGUUGCGGGCGUGGUAGGGGACGGGAUGGAUGCACAACCUCUUACGCUCAAUGCGGCGCAAGGUCCUAUUCAGCAUCAACACCCAGCGCAUCAUCAUCAGCAUCACCCCAACUUCGCCGGCGCGACGGGCGGCUCCUCCUCGUCUGGCGUCUCGGACGAGAAUAUUCGACGCGCCGUGCGCCUCGUAGCGGACAAUAAUGAGCGGGCGGCACAUGAGCGCAAGCUGCACUUCAACCGGGCUAUGCUUGCUUCGCAACAGCACCACCAACAGGCGACGCAGGGCGCAGAGGCGGGUCCGAGUAUCAGCACCGGGGUCCGGCGGGGCCUCCCUCUCUACGCAGCUACGCCGCAGGGAUACCAGUCGGGGAGCGGAGCGGGGGUGAUCAUGAGUAUGGGCCCGCGAGGCUCCUUUGUGGAUGAGAAUGGCGUGCCCUUCGACCCGGCUAUGCAGGCUGCAAUGCGGCAGAAUGAGAUGCGCGGCAUGGGCGGUCAGGAGCAGGGAUUCCUCUCUCACCACCUUAGCCGGCGUGGACUGCAGCAGCAGCAGCAAGAGGGACACGGCGGAGUGUACCGUCGCUUUGAUCGUCACGGUGGCGGCGGUGGUUUGGAGGAUACGUUCGUGGAAUCCAGCAUGGGCAUGCGGCCAAGGACGGGCGGGUCUGAGCCUUUACCGGCGUCCGUGGAGGCGGGGCAGGCGGGACAGCCACACUGGUCGCCCUUUGCCGGCGAGGGAGGGCGUGAACCGGGGAAGGUGUGGAUGUGGGAGCCCACCAGCGUGGCUACGAGUGGAAGCGGGAGCGGAAGUAGGCGAGCAGGACAGGCAUACGAGCAGCAGCAGCAGCAGCUGGCGACGAUGCAUCCCGCCGCUCAAGCGUGGUAUGAUGCUCCUGGGGAGAUGCCGAUGGGGAUGGCGAGCAGAAGCGGGGUUGAAAGUGCGCCUCGCUGGCCCCAUCACACGACGUCUACGUCAAUGGGACGCGCGCCUGCUACCAGUUUGCCCCCUCUCCAGCAGCAGCAGCAGCAGCAAGAUACCCGCUCCUACGCUUCCAGCUCUUCCUCCUCUGCCACACCCAACCGCUACCCCCCCACCAUCAGCCACGAACGCGCAGUCAACACUACUACGGGGGGACGAUCAGCCACACUUGACGCUCAAGGUCAAGGCCGAGCUGGUUCCAUAGCAGGAUCCACAUCGCCCUUCACCCUUCCUCCGCUCGAUCCAGUCACGUAUCGCUCCUCGAGCGCUGGCGGGAUGAGGGGCGCAGGGGAGGCGCACGCACACGCCCCGCGCCUUGCACUCCCAACCAUGGGCUCGUCGCUUGGCCCUCCCCGAUCGCAGAUGGGUUCGCUUGGUGCUUCUUCUGAUUCGCCCUCUGUACCAGUGGCUAGGCAGGCUUCCCCUAUGCAUCAGGAUGAGGACGAUGAGGCUGAGGGGGAGGGGGAGGGGUGGGAUGGGGAUGAUGGGGUGCGAUGAUGGGCCGUCAUUUGAUGCGUGGAGCGUGCGUGCGGGCGGGCGAGCGUGUGUGUGUGUGCGCGAGGCGAGCAGUCAUUAAGCAGCGCCGACGUUUGUGACAGAGAGGUUUCAAUAGACAUUCUUCUUCGAU